AUGAGUGUCCCCUCGCCACGUGCUGCGGGCGGCCCGUCGCCUCCUGACCACCCGUCCGGGAGCUCGAUGCGUCGAGAUCGUGCAUCCAUUGCCGCCCAAGCCUGCGAGACCUGCCGGGUCCGCAAGUCCAAAUGUGACGAACGCAGGCCGAAGUGUGGCCUUUGCCAGCGCGUGGGAGCCGAAUGCCGCUACAGAGACCCGCUGCCCACCAAGAAGGACAAGACCAUGGUGUUCAUGCUUGAUGCCAUCCAGCGUAUCGAGGCCAAGGUGGACCAUAUAGGCAGGACGGUUGAUCCGGAAAGUGGUGCGUAUGAAGCCGGCCCGUACACAACCCCGCCCUCCGGCCGUCUGCCUUCGAUCAGCAGCGUUUCGAUGUUGGUGCAGGAUCAACCGCUUCGGGAUCAGGACAACCCGCCUCUUCGGCAAUCUCAAGCCCAGAGCCCAUUGGACAUGACUCGAUCGGUAGGGAACCGGUCCCCAGACGCCCAUAUCUCUUCAUCGCACAAGGUCCUCCUUUGGCCGUUCAUCCACGCCCGCCUUGCCGAAUUCGAUGUGGACGUGGCAGAGGACCUCCAUGUCCUCACCCAAGAAGGCACGCCGUGGUUUCUGCACCACGAGCUGCACAGGCACCCAGAUCCCUUGCCCUGCGACGCACGCCUGGAGGCAGAGCCAGCUCCCAGUAUCUUAGCUACCAACGCCGCGAACAGAGUGCGAUUUCCGAAACUCACCUACGAGGAAAUGAAGACGUACACUGCCCAGUACUUCAACACGUUCAACAUGCUAUACCUGAUCCUCGACCGCCAGCAUUUCACCGAUGUCACGCUGCCAAGAGUUGCCAACCACGGGUUCGGAGACGGCGAUUACGAUUCGAUAAUUUCCCUGCUGGUCUUUGCCCUGGGUCAGGUGGCCCUAGACGGAACAUGGUCGGCGCCGGUGGACAACGGGAUGCCGUUUGAAAGCGGCGUGAGAGGGGGCACACAUGAUAGACCACCGGGGCUUGAUAUCUUCAACGAGGCUCGUCGGCGGUAUGGCUUCGUAGCACAUCAAAGCUCGAUCGAAUCUAUCCAGAUCACCCUACUAUUCGCAGUGUAUUACGAGUCUUGCGGCAGACACCUCGACUUUUGGCGUGCUUCUCGAACGGCGGCCAGUAGCUUCCAGAUUGUGAUUCGAAGCACAACAAUCGACUGGUUUACGCAUCAAGGAAACCUUGUGAAAAAGCUGUACUGGACGUGCAACUCAAUCGAGCACUGGUUCCAUUACGAUCUCGAUCUGCCGCACACAGGAGUAUGCGACCACGAGGACGAAGUCCCCCUUCCCGGCGAGAUUGGGGGUUACAGGACAGAAGAAGAACAGCAGACAGUCAUGUACUUCCUCGCGAUGAUAGCACUCCGGCAGUUGGUGACGCGAGUCCACAAGACCAUCUUUGAAGCAUCCAGAGCGACGUCUGAGAUACCCGAAGGAUAUGAUGGUCCGCCCACACACGUCAUACGCGAGCUCUCCCGCCAGCUAGAGUCCUGGCGCUCCACGUUGCCACCGCCCUUACAGUGGGCCGACCAACCACCCGAAUCCCGCUUCCAAUACUUCCCUCCCGGCUCCCCGAAGAUCGGAAGAUGUUUCACUCCAAACGGCAACCAAACUCCCUUGGAGAGCCCCGAUACUCUUGACCUUGUCGUCGCACACCUGCGUUCGCGGUACUACUACGCCCGCUUCAUCCUAUAUCGACCUUUCGUGUACAAGGUGCUCCAUUGGCCGGGGCUGACGACAAACGAAGACCGACAAUUCGCGGGGCUGUGCAUCCAGAGUACCCUGUUGUGGCCGAUUGCGCUUGCCCCCCCCAAACGCCGCAAGAGACUGGUGCCGUUCUUGUUCGUGUGGACGCAGAACUUCAUCAGCAUCUUGCUCGUCCUGCGGGCCACGACGGUCAGUAAUAUUCUCGCCGAUGUCUGCCGCAAGAUGGUCGACAACACGGAACUGAUGCUCACCGUUCAAUGUCUCCUCGAGUGGCUUGCCGAUGUACGGACAAUCGAUGGGGUUGCGUUGUGGAGCUGGAAGAUAUUAGACCCGUUGUUCCGCGACAUCUUCCCACACGUCUUUGCCGUCGGUCUCUAA